GUGUUGCGAUCCGGCUGUACAGCGUCCCCCCGCGCGGCUCCCGCCCCCCUCGCCUAGCGCACGCGGCAUGGACAAGUACGAGCAACUAUCUGUUGUAGGUGAAGGAUCAUAUGGCGUGGUGCUGAAGUGCCGGCGGCGAGACAACGGCCAGCUCGUCGCCAUCAAGAAAUUUCUGGAGACGGAGGACGACGCCGCCGUCCGCAAGAUGGCGCUCAGAGAGAUACGCAUGCUUAAGAAAUUGCGGCACGACCACUUGGUGAACAUGAUAGAAGUGUUCCGUCGCAAGCGGCGUUUCUAUCUGGUCUUCGAGUAUCUAGACCACACCCUGCUGGACGAGCUAGAGGCAGCUCGCGGCGGCCUUGGCGACCACACCUCGCGUAGACAUCUCUACCAGCUGCUCAAAGGCAUCGAUUACUGCCAUCAGAACUCGAUAAUCCAUCGCGACGUGAAGCCGGAGAACGUGCUGGUAUCGCAGGAAGGUGUUGUGAAGCUGUGCGAUCUAGGGUUUGCGCGCGCCCUCGCGGCCCCCGGCGAGCCUUACACGGAGUACGUAGCAACGCGCUGGUAUCGAGCACCCGAGCUGCUCGUUGCAGAACACAGGUACGGUCCGGAGGUAGACAUCUGGGCGAUUGGUUGCCUGUUCGCGGAGAUGCUGUCGGGUGAUCCUCUCUUCCCGGGAGACUCUGACAUCGAUCAGCUCGCGCUCAUCAUCAGAACUGUUGGGAAGCUAGCACCGAGACACCAGCAAGUGGUGUCCCGUCUGUCGGGCGGUGCGGCGCUGGGCGGGCAGGGCGGCGCGUGCGGUGCGGGCGCGGCACGGGGCUCGCUGCCCGGAGCGGGCGCCGCGCGAGACCUGCUCGCAGCCUGUUUGCGAACAGAGCCACGCGCGCGACCCACAGCCACGGUUCUGCUUAGACAUAAAUAUUUCACCGCGGAUGGUUUCGCAGAGAGCUUUAAUGCCGAGCUCAGAGCGAAGUUAGGCAAAGAGAUACGGACACCCCCGGCGCAGCAGAGCACGGCGCGCAGCGGCAAACCGCGUCAACAGUGGACCCUCAGUAUUAUGCAACCGGAAAAUAACAGUUCGAGAACAAACAGUACGAAUGGGGAAUCUCUCAUUGAUUAUAAUUACAACCCCAGUUCGGAAGCGCCGACAGAGGGCGCGCCGGCCGCAAAGAAAUCGUCUAGCGUCUUGUCGACCACACUGUCGUCGCACGUGACUGAAACUGACGAGGCGAGUGCGUCUUUGCCGGCGCCUCGGCCUCCCGUCACACGCUCCCUCUCACGCCUCGUCAACGAAACAUUCCAGACAUUUCCUGUCCCCGUCAGCACCUACCCAAGAACACCCUAUAUAAAGAAGGUGAACAGCAAGCUGGUGAUUGACAAAGAUAUGUUGGGGCAAUGUCUUAAGAAAUCUACGAAAUCUCAUCCCCCCAACUUCUCUUUACCUUAUGUUCCGGGAGCCAGUAACAGCCCCAUGAAGAAAGCCAAAAAGCCUCUAGCACAUUCCGUCAGAUCCUACGAUACCUGGGAUACUAUGCGCGGUGCAACAGAGUCUACUUUCGAGGCUCGCACGCCGACCAACCUGCCGUACAUGUGACUCUACAAGCACGGCUUCUAUAAGCUGUGCAACCGCCACUGACUUGUACACAAUGUACAUGCACCGCCUGCGACUUACUGACGACCGUAAUAGUUCAAUGUUCAGUCAACAGACUUGUGUCAAGCGUAUACAUUUUCAGUUAACGUUUGUACACUUUGUACAUGUUCAGUGUUCAGUAACUUGUGUACAGUACAUAUGCAG